AUGGGCACUGAUAGGCUGCACUGAUGGGCACUGAUGAGGCACUGGUAGAUGGCACUGAUAGGCAUUGACAGGCAUCACUGGGGGUGGACUGACAACUCAUGGGGCCCCCGGGCAAUAGGGGAUCAUGGGGCCCCUGUGUCCUUGCCCAAACUAAAAAAAGCCUAUGAAAAAGGUACCAGGGGCAUAUCAUGGGGCCCCCUACUACUGACCCCAGGCCCUCAGGCAGUGCCUGAGUUUCCAAAUGGUCAGUCCGCCCCUCUAUAUAUA